CGAUGUUUAUUUGUAUGCGGCAGUAGAAGAUGGUAAAUAUAAAUCAGAGAAAGAAAUUUUUUGCUAUGACGGAAAACCAGGCAUCGGAAAAACUACUUUUAUUAAGACGCUUAAUCGAGCCAUGGGACGGGGAGAAUUACAAAUUAUUUCGUGUGCGGGACUGAAAGAAUUUAAAGAUUACUCCAUUUUGGGCGAUGAAAACAAACCAAAUUUAAUUGAAUUGUUUAAAAUGUAUAAGAGUGAAGGCAAAGGAAAAAGUAAAAAAUUAUUUGAUAAAUAUUACCAGAUGGAUAUUGAAUUAGAUUACAUUACUUUUUUUGCUACUGUUAAUUAUUCGGACCAAUUAGUUCCAGCCUUAAAAAAAGAAGUAGAAAUGCGAAAACUAGAGGAUUACAGCGAUGAAGACAAAGAAAAAAUAUUGGAAUUGAAAAAAAAAGAGAUAGAAGGUGAAAUUAAAAAGAUUUAUCCGGAUGAAAAAAACGAAAUUAUCCCCGAAGAAAUUAUCAAAAUACUGCCUAAAUACAUCAAUGAAAAAGGAAUAAGACAGACUGAAAGAAACAAAAACGGAUUUAAAUGGAUAACUUGUGAAAAUCUGGGAGAAGUAGUGGAGGAGUUCAAAAAAUUUCGCAAUUCCCAAAGUAAGCGUGGUAAAUAUGAGGAUUAUUUUUUUCUUUCGGCUUUAAGGCACAAAGUUAUCGAGGUGGAAGGGGGAGUGAUACCAGACGAAAAAAUAAGUUCCGUAGAAGUCUAUCAAAAAGACGGAACCCGUGAAGAAGAAAUGAAUCGUUUAAAAGAACAAUUAAGAGAAGAAAAUGGGAUUAAUUAUUGCCACGGCUGGCUUAGCCUUGAAAAAAAAGUUAAACAAAAGGCCCAACAAGAAGGAAUUAGUAAAAAUUUUUCGUGGGUUCUGUUUUUUGCUGGCGAGGAAUAUAACCAAGAAUUAGCCCAGCAGGAAAUACCGGAAAAAAAUAUUAUUGACUUCGCCCAAGUGGGCCAAGAAAAAGAACAUGCCUUAUUACCAAUUUUCGACCACCAACAAAAUACUAAUCUAUUUGGAGAGGCGAUUGAUUUAUCGAAUUAUAUUUUAAUUGCCACUAGUUCUACCCGAGACAUGGGGCAACUUUCCCUCCCUUUGGUUUCCCGUUUAGAAUGCGUUAAUGUGGAUACUGUUCAACCGAAAAAAUUUUUUUUAGAUAAAUAUUUUGAAAACUUUCUCUCCUAUUUGCGACAACUUUUAACCCAAACCGGCCAUAAUUUAAAAGAGAUAAACGAGAUUUAUUUUACUUCUACUCCCAGCGGACAAACUGGAUUAAGGGUGUCUUUGACAUUUCUCGCUACUUUUCAAGUUCUUAACCCCCAAGUUAAAGUUUAUCAUAUAGAUACGUUGUUAUUACAAGCAGGAACCGAAAAUUGCCUCAGCAUGUUAACCAUUGACAGCCGUGGAAAUAAAUACCAUAUUGCAGUUUAUCAAAAUAAAAAGUGUUUGCUAGCCAAUCAAGUUAUCCAGCGAGUUGAAUUAACCAAGAUAAGAGAAAAAUUUUCCGAUUUCAAGAUUUUCCAAGAUUUUCAAGAAGUAGAUUUUUUAACUAAUUUUCAGAAAUUAAAAAGCAAUUUUUUGAGACUGAAAAAAAUUGAGGAGAUUGAUUAUUAA